AUGCCACUCCGAUGCCUCGCCAACGCGAUCGCAUACUGCUGCGGGAUGCAAGUCGUGAUCCUCGAACAGAGGGUUGAGGAGAACGAGGAGAAGAUCCAAGACAACCAGGACGCCAUCGAGGAGAUGAAACUUCAAAUCACCCAUCUGAAGAAAGGCAUCCCUUUGCCCUCUGCGAAGAAGACCGUCAUCGUCGAGAAACCAAAGGAGUCGAAGGCAUCAAACCCCUGGGGCUCUGGAACCAAGAAGCCUUGGGGAGUCCCCGAAGAAACCAAGAAGGACAGCGGCGAGGAUGAAGAGUACGAAUUUCCUUAUAAGUACGUGAAAGAAAGCCAUGGCUGGUACUAA